AAUCCACAGAAAUCUACUAAUGGCCAAAAAAACACACCCAUUUCACAUAGUUGACCAAAGUCUGACCCUAACUGGGGCUUUAAGAGCUUUUACUUUAACAACAGGGCUAAUUAAAUUAUUUCAUAAUAUAAACCCCAAUCUAUUAAUUCUAGGACUACUUAUUGCACUAAGAACAAUAAUUCAAUGAUGACGACAUAUUGUCCAAGAAUCCACCUUCCAAGGAAAUCACACCUCAGUAGUAAUAUCAGGAUUACGUUGAGGGAUAAUUUGAUUCAUCAUCUCAGAAAUUUUAUUCUUCGUUUCAUUUUUCUGAGCAUCUUUUCACAGAUGAUUAUCCCCAAGAAUUGAGCUAGGAUCCUCUUGACCUCCUUCAGGAAUCUAGCCCUUCAACCCUUUUCAAAUCCCUCUUAUUAACACCGCAAUUUUACUAUCAUCAGGUGUUACUAACAACUGGGCCCUUCAUAAAAUCAUAAAAAAUAACCAUUCUCAAUCCUUACAAGCCCUUCUCCUCAAUAUCAUCCUAGGCCUUUACUUCACUAGAUUACAAGCCUGAGAAUACUGAGAAGCUCCAUUCUCAAUUGCAGACUCAGCUUACGGCACAACGUUCUUCAUAGCCACAGGAUUUCACGGACUUCACGUGAUCAUUGGUACAUCUUUUCUCUUUAUCUAUUUCCUUCGCCUCAUAUUUUUCCACUUCUCUCCGAAACACCACUUUGGAUUCGAAGCUUCCGCUUGAUACUGGAAUUUCGUUGAUGUAGUAUGACUUUUACUCUUUGUCUCCAUUUACUGAUGAGGAUCUUAUCUUUUUAGUAUAAAAAGUACAUUUAGCUUCCAACUAAAAAGUUUAAAACCUUAAAAAGAUAAUGAAAUCAAUUCUAAUUUCAAUUAUCCUUUCCACCACUCUGAGCUUCAUCCUCAUUUUCUUAU